GGUCAUUGACCGCCAGGCCAAACACACAAUUCAUGUGAUGUUUACCAUCAGAAGGUACAGGGUCCUAGGUAGCUUUAGUGUAUUUUGUCGUCCAUGUUCACAAACUGUUGCAGCUAUGCCGACCGAAAGGCCCAUGAAGAGAGGUUCCGCCUGCCCCCCUCCCCCCGGACCAGGUAAACUCCGUCUGUACAGUAUGAGGUUCUGUCCGUACGCACAGCGGACUCGCCUGUUCCUCGCUGCCAAGGGAAUAGAACAUGAGACCAUCAACAUUCACCUGAAACAGAAACCCAAGUGGUUCCUACUUGAGAAGAACCCAGUAGGGAAGGUGCCUGUACUGGAGAAGGAUGGGGAGAUGGUGUUUGAGUCUCUGGUGUGUAACGAGUACCUGGACCACGCCUACCCUGAACACUGUCUCACUCCGCGGGACCCUGUGGAAAAGAUGCGACAGAGCAUGCUUCUGUCUGUAUUUGAUCAAAUGGUCAUGAGCCACUACUACAGUUACCUGAGGGCAAGUCAAGCUGGUGACUACUCAGCUCUGUCUAAGAAGUUUGGGUUUGGUUUACAACACCUGGAAAAAGCCCUAACACAGCCGUUUUUCGGUGGCAGCCAACCGGGCGCUCUGGAUUACAACCUCUGGCCGUGGUUCGAGCGUUUCUCCACGAUACCCAACCGCUCUGAGGAGUUGUCGGAGAGAAGGGUCCCGCGACUGACAGCAUGGAUGGAGCGAAUGUUGGAGCAGCCAGCAGUGAAGGCCUGCCACAUGCCUUAUGAGCUGUAUUCUCAGUUCGUGACGAGUUUUGCGGCAGGUGACCCUGACUACGAUGCUGGCUUAGGGAGAUGGUCAUCCUUGUAAAUUGGUUGCGUCCAGGAAAGUCUCACUGAGACUCUCAGUCAGCCUGAAGAAGGAUAAAAGUCAACACAUUGUUUCAACCUGCAGCAACAACUUAUUUUUUAAGAACAUCAAUUUGAGAAAAAUUCAAACAAAAGGACUUCUUAAUCAAAAUUACAUAUAUUGUAUGUGUCCUUUGGCAGAAUUUCCUCGUGAAUUAUGCAAAUGACAUUUGAGAGGUUCAACUUCUCGCUGUAGGUUUUGCAGACCACGAAUAUCUGAAACAGACCCACCAGAAGCAAUACCUCCAAUCGUCAUGGAGGUAACUAUGCCAAUAUGUAUGAGGAGUACUGGUAGUCAUGUUAUAUUGAGAUUUUGUAAAUAAGCAUUGUGCCCAGUGCCCACACAAUGAGGAAUUGUAUUUAAAUGAGUGUGUUCUAUUUCAAACUCCUUGGUUUAAUCAAGGUUGUAGGGAAAUCUCCCUAUAACAUUGCUUUGCCCAUAGGGUGGAAC